UAAGACUUAAACUCUGCCGGCGGCGCUCAGGCUAAAGCUAAUUUUACCCUCAAAUAAGGAUUUUUUAGAAACAAACAUUGACUAUGGAUAUCGGAGAGCUCCUGAAUUAUCAGCCGGAGCGAGGAGGGAAGCGGGUGAGGGAGGAAGAUGGCGCUGAGGAAUCACGACUGAAGCAGAAGACGUCGAGCCGGGAGAGGGCCGCAGUGAUGAUGGAAGCUGAUAUUAUUGACCCGGAGAACAGAGAGAAGAUCCUGGAGAAGCUUAUAGACCAGGACGAGGUGGAUCCAGAGGGGGAGCCGGUGGACGAGAGCAUGGUGAAGAAAAUGAUCCUGACCUUUGAGAAAAGAUCCUACAAGAACCAGGAACUCAGGAUUAAAUUCCCGGACAACCCGGAAAAGUUUAUGGAAUCCGAGCUGGAUCUAAACGACAUCAUCCAGGAGAUGCACGUGAUCACCACCAUCCCGGAGCUUUAUCACCUGCUGGUGGAGCUGAACGCCGUCCAUUCUCUGCUCGGCCUGCUCAGCCACGAAAACACUGAUAUUGCCAUUGUGGUGGUGGACCUGCUACAGGAGCUCACUGAUGUCGACACCCUCCACGAGAGCGAGGAAGGUGCUGAAGUCCUCAUCGACGCCCUGCUGGAGGGGCAGGUCGUAGCUCUGAUGGUGCAGAACAUAGAGCGGUUGGACGAGACGGUGAAGGAAGAGGCAGACGGAGUUCACAACACGUUAGCGGUGGUGGAGAACAUGGCGGAGUUCAGACCAGGACUUUGUACCGAAGCUGCUCAGCAAGGACUCCUGCAGUGGCUGCUUAAGAGAAUCAAGGCAAAGACGCCAUUCGAUGCUAACAAGCUGUACUGCAGCGAAAUCCUGGCCAUCCUGCUUCAGAACAACGACAGUACCAGGGAGCUGCUGGGUGAGAUUGAUGGCAUCGAUGUGCUACUGCAGCAGCUCUCGGUGUUCAAGCGACACAACCCGUCCACGCCCGAGGAGCAGGAGAUGAUGGAGAACCUGUUCGAUGCGCUCUGCUCCUGCCUCAUGCUGCCAGCCAACAGAGACCGCUUCCUCAAAGGGGAGGGGCUUCAGCUGAUGAACCUGAUGCUCAGGGAGAAGAAGCUCUCCCGUUUGAGCGCUCUGAAGGUCCUGGACCACGGCAUGAUCGGUCCAGAGGGCGGCGAAAACUGUCACAAGUUUGUGGACAUCCUGGGCCUGCGCACCAUUUUCCCGCUCUUCAUGAAGACGCCCAAGAAGAUGAGGAAGGCGGGAAUAUCUGACAAACAGCACGAAGAGCAUGUGUGCUCCAUCAUGUCUUCCAUGCUGAGGAACCUGAAGGGGCAGCAGAGAAGCCGCCUGCUGAGCAAAUUCACCGAGAAUGACUGUGAGAAGGUGGACCGACUGAUGGAGCUGUAUUUUAAAUUCCUGGAUGCUGUUCAGCUCGCAGACAAGAGGAUCGACGGAGAGAAACAUGACAUGGUGCGGCGGGGAGAGAUCCUGGACGACGGCAUGGAGGACGAGUUUUAUCUGCGGCGUUUAGACGCUGGACUCUUCGUUCUGCAGCUCCUCUGCUACAUCAUGGUGGAGAUCAGCAAGGCAGGAAUCCCACAGCUGCACCAGAGGGUUCAUCAAAUCCUAAACCUGAGGGGUGGAUCAGUCAAGACCGUGCGCCACAUCAUGAGAGAGUACUCCGAGAGUAUCGGUGACGGCAAGAGCGAGGAGUUCCGGCUGAGCGAGCAGAAAAGGAUCCUGGAUCUCCUGGAGGGCUUUUGAGCCAAUCAGAUCACUGACUGGUUUACAUCAAUGUGCCGUCUCUGGACCAUCGCAGUUUGUUCUUUUUUAGUUUAGUUUUUUGAGCUCAGAUUGAAUGUCCAGCCCCCCUGUUGUACCCCACCCCACCCCACCCCACCUCACCUCGGAAGAGAUCGUCCUCCUGGAUAAAACGUUUGUGUCCCCAAAUCUGUGAGUUUUGUAUUAAUAAAUAAAGCGAAUGAUGCACGA